CUCGACUUGUUUGCUGCUACUCCACUCUUGGGACAUCAACAAAGACUACUGACAGCCAUCUGGAAAAGGACUGCACACUCUGUCUAUAUCACUAUACGGAAAGUUGACACCAUGCGUCUCAUCAUAUUCGUCAUCUGCACUGCAUUUUCCGUCGCGUACGUAGAGUCCGUCGGAAUUGUUGCCUUCUCUGCUGGAAUUCCUGAUUUCAAGACAUUCGCAGUGGGUGAUACUGUCAAGUUUACGAAAGUUUUCACCAACUUCGGUGACGGCUACGACAGUAACACUGGCAUCUUUACUGCCACCAAGCCUGGUCUGUACUACUUCAGCAUCAGCGCCACAUCUCAAAGGUAUAAAUAUUUCGGUCUUAACAUGUACCACAACGAAGAGCCUGUAAUCAAAAUCUUUGGGAAUGCUGAGAAUCGUGCUCUCUCCGGGGCGAAUUCUAUCCUUCUGAGGUUGAAGUCACGUGACAGAGUCUAUGUGAAAGCGUUUUGGGAGUCUUUUCUCUAUGGAGAAAGUGCGGGUAGCAGCGCCAUGUUCAACGGGUUUUUGGUGUCUCUGUAG